AUCCAUAGCUGUAGCAGUAGACAUUUCAGUUAUUGCUGCUGUAAACAUUUGUUUUAAUUGUUUUUAACUCGUUCAUAAUUUCCGUCAUGCUGCCAACCCAGUGAAGUCGGUGUUUUCAGUUGCCAUACCAUUUCUGACAUUUGUUUCUCGUGUUCCGUUUGCAUCUACUAAAAUUUCACAGUUUUUAUUCGCUGCAAUAUUUCAUCUAACUUUAUAAAACAGAAUACACUGUUUAAAAGCAGGUUUAACCAGAGUUAGAUUAUCAUUGCAGCAUGGAUAGCGUAGAGUAAUAUAGUAAAAGAUUUUUUAAAAAAUGUUUUUCAAGAAAGAUAAGAAAGGAAAAGCUACUCAUUAAUGAUUCAUUAAGGUAAAACGACAUACGGAAGAUCGAGGAAUAUUUACAAAAUAAACAUUAAACAGCCAAUCAUAGGAUCAUAAUUAAUUGCAGGAUUGCUUUAACACUCAUUACAAUUACCAAGCUAUCAAGAAGAGAAGCAAGUGUUUAUAACCUACAUUGUUUUCCUUUUUCUCUCACCUUCAGAAUUGUCUUUGUAUUUUUGGUUGUCUUAAAAGGAAGUGUGGAAAGAUCAAUUAACUGCAUUGUCAGUAGCCAUGAACAGCUACAACAAACAGUAUUUUUUUUCCAAAAUAGGCCUUAUGCAAAGUAAAGGAAAUGAAUUAGACACUAGGAGUAAGAGUUAAUAGAUAAUUGUACACUAUGGUGAUAAAAAUGUGACAAGCCACCACAAAAUAAGUCUUAAGUCGUACAAAGCAGUUUCAUAGCAGAGGCCCAGUAAGGUGAUAAAGGUCAACUUUGUGCCAUCGGACUUUAAACCUUUAUAAAUCAUUUGCUUUUAAGACUAGGAGAACAGUUUUAGUAUCAAAGGGAAGGUCUAAACCUGUACAUUCUAAAAGUGAACAAAAUACAAAAUCUUCACUUUCCAACUUAAAUCUCGCUCUGUCUGAUUGGUGGCAAGUCACAAAUAGUAACUUUGUAAUCUUUAUCUCAAGUGCAGUGUUCACCAUGAAAGACUGAUGGUAAAGUAAGCCUACAUGUGAAAUGUGUUCCUUUACCAAAAUGUAUUUUUAGUUUUGAGCUCGCAUGCUUGGCAGUCAGGCUUUUAUUUUGGCAUUGUUAUUCAAAUCAUAGGCUUUUUUGGUUAUUUUUAUUUGACUAAUUGAACAGCGACACAUUAUAGUAGAUUUUUUUUAACAGAUUGAUAUGCUUAUGUCAUUUUGUUAGCUUUGAUAUCCUGAAUAUAGUUUUAGAAUAUUUUGUCCAGUCUUCAUUAGACUGGUCAAUUUAAUUUUCAUUUAAUGUCUGGGUUCAUGAUUAUCUAAUGUUUGUUUUCUCCCUGUUUCAUAUUUUUCUUUUCCUAAUUCCUAGAACUGCACCAUAUUAGAAGAAGCACCCAUUAUUACAAAAAUUUUCAUUUCUUCAAAUUGUUCUUCUUCUGAUUCUUAUUAUUUAUCUACUUGACGAAAGUGAAUUGUAAUUUUUGUUCCCUGGAGUUCAUUGAUAUGAAUGAUGUGGAAUGUUGGGAGAAAAGGAUUAACAAAUUAUCAGUUACUAAAUAAUGAAUUUACUUGAUCACUUGUAGUAGAUGUAUUCAAUCAACCUUUUCAAAGAUGAUCAGGAUGAUUUCCCCAUCUCCCCACCACCACUCUGAGAAUUAAAGAAUCAGAGAAAAGGUUGUGCUAAAUAUUUGCAACUUGCUGUAUACCAUUUAUAAGUAUUUCUUAUUCUUCAAUGAAUUAAGCUUAUCUUAAAUUAGUGAAAACUGAAAAAAUAACCCACAGACUUGGAACAAGUUUGAGCAGACUUUCAUUAUCCUAAUUUUUCAGUCUCCACUGAUACACCCAUGUUCUACCUAUUACUUGUACAGCAGCCAUAGAACUUCAGUUUGAAAUAAAUUCAGCAUGAAAUCACCAAGCUAUACAGCUUAAAGCUGCAGACAAUGUUCUAUCACAUGCUGGGUAGAGGAUUUCAAAUAAAGCCAUCAGUGAAUAGCAGUACCCUCUAAGGAAAAUCCUGAAUGUUUUCAGGCAUAUUUGUUAGCUGUGCUCUGGGAUGUGGUGAAUACUUAAUUAGACAGUGUUUGCCUUUUUUGGCUGUAGAACUUGGCUUGCUGCUUGUUGGAUGAAUGUUUUCACAGUGUUUUGCUUGACGUGUACAAAGAUUCUAAGUGAGUCAUAUCUGCAAUCAGCUGUCAUGGAGACUAAAGGUGCUGAGGCUCCAGGUGACAAGGAGAUGGGAAAAGGAGAGGAGAAAGUCACACCUGAACCUCAUGAAAUGUCACCACUUCUACAUGAGCAGCCAAGCAGAGAAAGUGCCAUUGGCACCAACAGCAGCAGUAUGACAACAGCUCCAGCUACAGGUUCUGCAGUGACCCCCAGGAAAAUCCUGAAAGGAAAACCCAAACCAUUGUACUUUUGGUCUGCAGCUGAUGUCAACAAGUGGUGGCGAAAACAUGGUGGGUUGUGCUACCAGCUGUAUGGAGAUCUGCUGACAGAACAUGAUGUGGGCGGACGUACACUUAUUCGCAUGAAUGAGAUCAAAUUGGAAAAGAUAGGCAUUACAAAUGUGGAACACAGACACGAACUCAUGCAGCACAUUCUGCGGCUAAGAUUGAAACAUGACCUGACAGAGCUGAGGACUUUGGAACAGCGAGGUGUAGGAUUUGAAUUGAAACUGCCAGAGCCAAGACCAGCCACACAGCCUACUGAUAAGACAGAAAAAACAGACAAAAGUAUCACCGAGAAAAACGGCAGAGGAGCAGCCCUGAGAUGAUACUCAGUGAUCUUUAACUGCAGCGCAAGCUUCCUUUCAAGAAACCACUUGUUCUGGGAGAGACCAAUCUUUCUACAAAGAUUUGCUUCUUUCAUUCACACACAUCACUAAGUGUGACAGAAAAGCCAGCACAGUCAUAUUUGAGUAUAUGGCAAAGUUAUGCUCUUUUGUGACUGUGUAUUUACUCAGUGGUGAUAUAGUUUAACAUAAAGACAAGAUUAUUGUGUAAUAACUGGUUCUGAAAAUUGCUGCAGAUAUUUUAUGUUGCAUAAGGAAAAGGAGUAAGACAUUGCAUAUUGCACUCCAUUUUAGGUGAGGUGGCAAAUGUUGCUUUGUGGAGGAAGUGGUUGUCACUUCAGACAUAAAGUUCAAAGUACAAAACAUUUGAUACUAACAGUUUCAAGGAACAUGCUAUGGCUGAUAUGUGUGGAAUGUGUGAGACCCAAGGUGUGAUGUGAUUCAUGCUGCUGACCUGUACAGCAGGUAAGUUGCCACAGAUAUAGUACAGAGUAAGGUGAGUACCUGAGGAACGUGGUGCUGUGAAAGAAACAUAAGCAAGGUUGUUAAAUGUGUAUGAUGCUAUUGCUAUAACUGCUUUUUGUAGGUGAAGAGUGUGCGGCUACAGAUGGCAUAACGAGUAUUUCAGGCGUUAGGCUGGUAAGGUGACAUAUGUUCAUCAUAUUUUAGUUUUUGAAGAAAAUGAGUGGUGUAAAGCUUGUGUGUUUGAGUAUGCUGUUUAAUAGGGCAGACAUUAGGUGCAUAGCUACAACAUGAAGUGUCAGCUGUAUUGUGGUGAAGACAUGGUGCAUAGCUACAGCACAAAGUGUAAACUGUAUUGUGAUUAAGACAUGGUGCAUAGCUAUGGCAUAAUGUGAGCAAUAUUGUGAGAAUGUGAUGAUUGUGGGGUUGAUACAUGUCAAGUUUUAGCUCAAAACAAAGAUGUUUGCUUUUGGCUGUAUAAGGAAAUGGGGUGUCUCAAUGCAUGUGUGGGGAAACUGUGUAUACUGCCCAGGUUGUUCAAUGUGCUGUUAUCACCAGCAAGAAAUUAGUUGUGUAUGGUUAAUGUUCUGGUAGUCAUGGGGUGUGUGGUAUAUUUGACACUAGUCAUAUUGUGUGCAUGCUUGAUGUGUAUUCCAUGUUUGAGUCAACGUAUUUUUACAUAGAUGAUGGUAAGCUGAUAAGGUCAGAAAUGAUGACUAGCAUAAAAUAGGUUUAUCAACCUCUAGGCAUGCAGUGUUACAGAUGGUUUAAGUUUAUUAUUGGUGUGUUAGGAUAGGUUUAUAUACCUACAAGUAUGAAGUUUUAAGGAUGUCAGACAUACAAGAUGCAAAUAAUGUGUCAUACAUGAGGUUGUAUGGUGCAACAGAAUUUAUAUUGUGAAACAUUUAGCAUUGGAAAUGCAACCGAUAUGAGUUGUGAAAGAAAUUAUGAAGGAAUAAAUGAUGCAGCUGGUGAAGUAUACAGAGAUGGAAAAUAGGUGUAAAUGAUGCAGUUGAUGAUGUAUAUAGAGAUGAUAAGUGGCUGUAAAUGAUACAGCUUGUGAUGUAUACAGAGAUGGGGAGUAGGUGUAAAUGAUGCAACUGUAAAAAGUGUGUAGAUAAAAGCAACAAACAGAAGAAACCAACAUCACAUAUGGCACAAAUGAUGUAAAAGCUAAUGCAUACAUCAAGCUGUAUGAUGAUGCAAAUGUAAACCAUGAGCUGCAGCAGAAGCAUAAAACCUCUGAAAGAUUACAUCGGUGCUUUCAUGAAAAAACAAAUCAAUACCACAUCUUAAAAACUGGAUCAGUUGUCACUAAAUGCUGCAGGUGUGUAAUUUCUUUAGUCACAACAAUCCUGCAGUAAAUAAUGUGCAAUGUCUUCAUCAGUUAUGAGGGAUUGAGCAUUGGGCAUAUAUAUUUAUAUAGCGUAUACAUGGUUGAUUAUCAUUUUGUUGUUUGGCAUUAAUUCUUGAACCACAAGGUGUAUUGUGCUUCAAACAUCAGGUUAUUAUGUUUCAGAUAUGAGAUCAGACAACAUUCACAAUAUUGUGCUUCAAAUAGCAUGUUUUAUUAUGCUACUAAUAUGCUGCAGACAAAGCAUAAUUAUUACCUUAUAGAUACAGUUUAUUAUACUACAGACAUGAGUUUAGUUGAUCAGAUUAUAAGAUGUGAUGUAUGGCACAUGUCAUGCAUAUUUUGCAUUAGCUGUUAUAUGCACAUUGCUCUGCAUACAGUACUCCGGGCUUGACAUGGAAUUCCAUGUGAAUGGAAUGAAGCAGACAGUUUCCUAACAUCAUGAGUGGAAUGAAGCAGUUUUCUAACAUCACACAGAAUUUUGCAGGGCGUCCUGUAUGAGUCACCUACAUUGUGCUGCACACUUCAGUCCUGAUGUGUUUCAGACUUGAGCCAUGAUCUGCAUAUAGUAUUCUGGUCUUAAGACUAAUGGUACUUUGUGCUGCAGACUUCAGUCCCGCUGUGUUUCAGACGAGCUAUGUUCUGUUGGAUUCAAAGCUGUACCUUAAACUUGAGAUAUCUCAUGCUUCAGACAUGAGAUGUGUUUAUUCCAUUAUUUAUCAACAGUCUACUUAUAAAUGACUUGAUAUCUUUCAAGUCAUAUUCAUUAUAUCAUAUCUUUUGUUAUGCAUGAAAUGAUACACCAAGACUGGCAUUAUAGUAUUGGGUGGUACAGGUGUGAGAAGUGAAAGAUGGAGCAGUAGUGUAGUCAGCUUACAGGCACAUCCUCUCUGUAAAUAAGCAUGCUUCAGAUGGAAACCUUUACAGUUAAGGUCCCAAGGAUGUACAUAUAUAUGCACUUUGCAUGCUAAAAAUUUAUGAACGUUGGAUGUUUUAGCACUGCAUCACAAGGAUGAAAGUAGUAUUUAAAUUGUGUGUUGUGACUAUGAAGCCAUUCCAGUAACCAUGGGCAAGAGGGUUGAGAAUUGAGGAGAGUGUGUGUUAAUUAAUCAGGUGUUAAACAUUCAUUGCUUAUUACACAAGCUGUGUGAGAAUUGUAAGAUUGUGGAUGUCUGGCCCAUGUUUAUGGUCAGUAAUAUGUCCUGAUAAAAUAUUUAUUGUGCAGUGAGAAUGAUUACAUAGAGCAGAGUGUCAGGGGUGUAUUUUGACAGUUAUGUAGCAAAAAUGGUAUAAAUGUGAUUAGCUAGGUUAGAACUAACUGGUAAGAGAUGGCUAGUAUAAUGUAGAGUUCUAAGACAAGACACGAGAUAUGUGAGUGUGAGGCUGGGGAUGAGAGGGGAGGAAUAGUCAAAGUGAAUAUAGAGAAACAAGGUCAGGUGGAAACAUGAAUGUAGCUAAUAAUAAACAUGAAGUGACAAAGUCAUUAUAACAGGAAAUUUGUAUACUUCUUCCUAAAAUAACUGGAAAGAGAAAUCCGGUGAAAGUGUCCUGAUCUUUGUGCCUGGAAUAGCCUUGGUUGGAAGUUCUGUUAGCUAGGUAGUGGGGAGGGAGAGUGGGUUUAAGGGGGUUUUCACCAGAGCACACUAUUAUGCCUGAUAAGUUUUAUCUUGGAAUCUUUAUAUUCAGCAUUCUGUCCAGAUUCACUUGUUAAUGUUGCAAGGUGCACUUGAGAAAGUCCAGGAUGAUUGUGAGAGAAAGUGAAGAUUGUGUGUGAUGCCAGUUGCGUGGGUAAACUUCAAACUUUGACUUUUGUUAGUCCUCAGGGCAGGUUUUUCAUUUGUUUUAGAGAAUCUGUAGAAGCAGCCAGAAUUUAGGAAGGGGGGGGGGAAUGUUUACUUCCUUUUAAAAAUUUCCAAAUAAAAGGUAACAGAUUGUGGUUUUUUUUUUUUUUUUACAAAGCCUUUGAUAAAUUUGUUGAGGUCAGUCAUCUGGAAUGCUCUAGCAAUUUCUCUGAAGCAGAUCAGGAGACAGGGCUGCAAGAACACAGUAGAAGCCAGUAUUACUGAAAGCAGUUAGUAUGUGGAGGCUUACUCAGUUAGCAGCAGUUUACUGUAUGUCUCACAUUUUAUGCACUAAGAUUUUUGUAAAGCUUACCAUUGCUUACUUAGCCGCUGACUUCGAUUUCUACAUGCAGGCAUCAGAAUUUUGGCAUGGUUUUGAUUGCCUGACAAUAAUAAAACCAUGGGUUUUAAUAAGAUUUGUCAUUUGAGCUGAAAUCACAUGCUUUGUAUGAAAGGGGAAAUUAUUUGACAAAACAAAGAGAAAGCAUUAACUGUUUCAAAGCUUUUGUCAGCACUACUUUGGAUUUGGGAGAUGCUGUCAGAUGUUAAUUUGUGAGGAUGAAUUUUUGAAGUUUGAUUUCCUCUGAUCAUUUAGCGCUUUGGUAUCAUUCUACCGUUACCCUUAAAAGUUGACACUGUUUAGGGAUAAAAAUAAACUUUUUAUUCAUUUCAAAAAAAUUCUCAUCAUUUUGCAUCGUGUGAAUUCUUGUCUGCAUAAUCAGAUAUAUCCAAAGUAUAAAAGAAGCUAUUUGGUUUUGCAUUGACUUUGGUGCAAAUUUUAUGAAAUGAAAAAGUUUUUAAAAGUGAGAUUUCUGUGUGGAGUUUACAGUUUGCCCAUUAAAAUUUAUUAAAUACUAAAUGAAUCUUGAGUGAGUUUGAUUGGCCCAAAAAUGUGAACUUUCCUGAAUGAAGAACUUUACAAAUGUGUAAGAGAUCAGCUUAUAAAACACCCCCUUUUUUUCUUUCUUUUUUUUUUUUUGUCUUUUUUUUUUUGGAUUAGCAACAAGACGAACCAAGACUGUGUUGUGUGCAUGAACCUAUCUACGUCCAUGGUUGUGUGUGCUUGUUAUGGGAACCUUUACUUAUGUAAAAACCACUCCAAUUUUCCGAGGAUAAAUAUUACGACCUAAAGAAGAAGAAAAAGUAAUUAGCAGAUUAAAAUAAAUGCAAAAUAUAUAUAACGCAUGCUCACACUCAUAAGAUUUUAGGUAUGUUGUUAUAGUCUUGUGUGUAUGCCUAAAGAACACUUACCUUUUUCGUAAAUAGAGAAAUUGAAAUGCU